AUGCUGUGUUUUUUAAAGUGUCUUUCAUAUUCCCAAAUAAAGACAAGUAUGAGGUGGAGUGCAAAAGGACACAUGAGGGUGUGCCUGAGAGGAACGGUCAUGGAGUCCACACGGGCACCAAUGGAACUAUGUGUGUCGGCAGCUGGAAAAAUGACAAAAUGAAUGGUACUGAAAGGCUAGAACAUCCUUCUGGGGCAGUUUAUGAAGGCGAGUUCAAAAACAGUAUGUUUCACAGGGCUGGAAUCUACACAUUUCCAAAUGGAGCAAAGUACAUUGGACCAUUCAAUAAAAACAAGAUGGAAAGUGAAGGAGAUUUCAUAGAUGAAAAUGGAGUGGUGUAGAGUGGCACAUUUCAUGGCUCGGCAGCAGUGGGACUGAAGCAGAAGUUGAAAAUGUAG